AUGAGCCUUAAAAUUGAAACCUUGAUGCGCACCGCAGUAAAUGAACACGUUGCUUCUAUUAAACAACAAUACCCCGACAUUCAAACAACCCUGCCCAUCGAAGACCUGCUGCACAGAAAAGCAAAAUGUAUUUGCAGUCGGCGCAGCGCAAAUGCAUUUCUGCUCUACAGAAAAGAAGUCAAAGCGCAGCUCAUGACGGUUACAACAAAACCACGGAUGGAUUUGGUCUCGAAGGUCGCGAGCGAGAGAUGGCGCCGUGAAGUUAUUCGAAAAAAGGCCUUCUUUCACUCGUUAGCAAGGGUUGCGGAAGCCAUCCGGAGACGGCUUUGUGCUUUCCGCCAAGACUGUCCUUGCAGAACUAAACCGCAGAAAAAAGCCCCUUCAGAGAAUGCGGUCCCCGCUGCUACU